AUGAUGCUUGUUUAUUUCGUACUACUUAUUUUGCAUCUAUUCAGUUCAAGUUGUGAUGGUUAUUUUAUAAAUGAUACUAACAAUUAUGUUGGUCAUCCUAACUUGUCUAAAUUGGAUGUGGAUUUAAUAGAAUUUCCACUGAAUUUAGAGUAUAUGGAAGCUGAAUAUUUCUUAUGGGGUUCUUUUGGGCAUGGUUUGGAUAAGUUUGCACCUGAACUUGCUGAUGGUGGGCCAAAGCCUAUUGGUGUUAGAAUUGCAAAACUUAGCCCUCUUAUAAGAGAUGUCAUUGCUCAAUUUGGGUAUCAAGAAGUUGGUCAUGUUAGGGCAAUCAAGGAUACAGUAAGAGGAUUUCCAAGGCCACUCCUAAAUCUAAGCAGAGAAUCAUUUGCAACAGUGAUGAAUGAUGCAUUUGGACAUCCAUUAGAACCACUUUUUGAUCCUUAUGCUAAUGACAUCAACUAUCUCCUUGCCUCUUAUGUCAUUCCUUAUGUUGGACUCACUGGAUAUGUUGGAGCCAACCCUAAACUCCACAGCCCUACUGCCAAAAGACUAGUAGCAGGAUUACUAGGAGUAGAAUCAGGUCAAGAUGCAGUUCUAAGAGCUUUGUUGUAUGAGCGAGGAAGAGAGAAUGUGGAACCUUAUGGGAUAACGGUAACAGAGUUCACGAACCAAAUAUCAGAGCUGAGGAACAAGUUGGGACGCCAUGGAAUUAAAGAUGAAGGACUUAGAGUGAAACCAAAAAUAGGUGCUGAAGGGAGUAUAAGGGGGAACAUACUUGCAGGGGACAAGUACUCGCUUUCCUAUGACAGAACACCGGAGGAAAUACUCCGGAUAGUGUACGGGAGCGGGCAGGAGAGUAAACCGGGUGGGUUUUACCCGAAUGGAGCGGAAGGUCGGAUAGCCAAAUCAUAUCUUUGAGUUCAAUGGCAGUAGCUAAUAAUCAGAAAUAUGUAAUAAUAUUGCUUCGUACCUAAUGAACGUGUAAUAAUAAAGUGGGUAAAAG